CGUAGAAACUAGCCUACCUCGGUGUUCCUCUCUCCCACGGUCGUAUCCGUAUCACCGCGUGCCGAGCUCGCUGGGCGGGGAGAUCAAGAGAAAGACGAUCGAUGAAGUGAGCAGCUCAUCCACCGAUCAGGCAGCUAUAUAGCUGUAGUUCGGAAGGAAGGAGGAUCUGUAUAUAUGGCGGAUGCAGGCGGCGCUGGUCGCAGCGGCGAGGAAGAAGACGGGGAGGAGGAGCGCGGAGGGGGAGCGGCCGCGGCGGAGGUGCAAGUGUACUGCGCGGUGGGGAAGGAGGCCGGGAAGGAAUGGAGGGCGAACCUGCGGUGGGUGCUGGCCAACUUCCCCCGGAGCCGCCACCGCCUCGUCCUCGCCCACGUCCACCGCCCGCCGCACCGCAUCAACAUGAUGGGGGCGUGGGUCCCAGUGAGCCAACUUGCGGAGCACGAGGUGGCCGCGUACAGCAAGCUGGAGGAGGAGAGGGCCACCAAAGCCCUCGACGUCCUCAUCGACAUCUGCGCAAGUCAACGGGUCCACGCGCGCAAGGUCAUCGUGUCCGGGGACGACGCCGCGAGGGGCUUGGUCCAGCUCGUCGACGACCAUGGCCUUGCCGAGCUCGUCAUGGGCGCCGCCGCUGACCGGGGAUACACCAGGAAGUUGCGGGCGCCGAAGUCUAAGAAGGCAGUGACAGUGCAGCGGAAGGCCAACCCCUCCUGCAGGAUCUGGUUCGUCUGCAAAGGAAACCUCAUCUGCACUAGGGAGGUCAGCGAGGGGCUGAACAGAGAAGAGCCAUCCACGGCUAGCACCAGUCCCAGAUCGGUCGCUUCCGACUACUCGAGAUCCAAGUCGUCGCCGCCACGCCUGACGCUCCACGGUGACGGUGACGGUGAGCUGUUGGGUAUGCACCACGACUCGCCCGAUCCGAUGAUGGCGGCGUCGCUCCCACGGACUCCGAGCAGGGACGACAGCGACAAUGCCAUGGAUUUCGGACAUGAGGGAGCUGCUGAAGGUGCGUCGUCGGCUGUCGUGCAGUCACUGCAAGAUGUGGAAGAAGACCCGCCGACGCCUUCGCACGAUGGUUCGGAGGAGGCUGGUGACAUGGAAGAUGCUUUGUACGAGAAGCUCAAAGACGCGAUUAUGGAGGCCGGGAGCCUCAGGCACGAGGCGUACGAAGAGACUCGACGGCGGCAGAAGGCCGACCGGGAUCUGGCCGAUGCGUCCAUGAUGACGAGGGACGCGGAGAGCUCCUACCAUGGCGAGGCGAGACGCCGGAAGGAGAUGGAGGAGAGUCUGGCGAGGGAGCGCGCGGCCAUGGAGCAGGAAACGCGGGAGCUCGACGCCAUUCUCGCGAAGAUACGGGAGGUUGAUGACCGGAGCGCCGAGCUCGAGCUCCAGAUCACCGACUCAGGGCGAGUGAUGAGCGAGCUCGAUGUCAGGAUGUCGGAGUCGUGCUCCGUACUCGACGCGCUCAGGCGGGAGCGCCGAGGAGAAGGGCCUGCGGCUGACGAAGAAUCCAUGCCUGCGGUGGACGAUGGUGAUCAAAGUGUGAGUUUCUUGCGGCUUGGUUUGUCGGAGCUGGAGGAGGCGACCGAUCGUUUCGACGAGUCUGCCGUGAUAGGAGGCGCCCGUGCCGGCAGCCGCGGCCGCGUGUACAGAGGGAGCCUCCGCGGCAUGAGCGUCGCCGUCAAGAUGAUCUGCCCCGACGUCGCCGUCGACGAGCCGCGGUUCGGUCGUGCAGUGGACGCCAUCGCUAGGGCGAGGCACCCAAACAUCGUCGCGCUCGUCGGCGCGUGCCCGGGGGCGCGCGCCGUGGUGCACGAGCUCGUGCCGGGCGGGAGCUUGGAGGACCGUCUUGGAGGAGAGGUGCCGCCACUGCCGUGGCACGCACGGUGCGGCAUCGCGUACCGAACCUGCUCCGCCCUGGCCUACCUCCACUCGACGGCAACAGUGCAUGGCGACGUCCGGCCAGCGAAUAUACUCCUGGAGGACGGGCGGUGCUCCUCCAGCAAGCUCGCCGGCCUCGGCAUGACUGGUCUGUUGGUGCCUCCACACCUCCCCAGCGGCGUGGCGCUGGCGUACGUGGAGCCGCGGUACCUGGUGACGGGGGACCUGACCCCGCAGUGCGACGUGCAUGCGCUGGGCGUGGUCCUCCUCCGCCUGGUCACGGGCAUUCCGGCGUUCGGGGCGAAGAAGGCGGCGCAGAAGGCCGCCGACGGGAGCACGCCCUGGCACGAGGUGGUGGACGCGAGUGCCGGAGGGUGGCCGAUGGAGCGCGCCACGGAGGUCGCGCUCCUCGGGCUGAAAUGCUGCGACGCGGUCGAAACCGGAGGACCACGCCGCCCGGCCGAGCUUCUGGAUGAGGCGCUGAGCGUGCUGGAGGCCGCGACGGACGCCACGCCUGGGAGGACGUGGUCGUCGCUCUCGGCGUCGACGGCGUCCCACAGCGGCGGCGCUCCGUCCUACUUCCUCUGCCCGAUACUCAAGGAGGUGAUGAGGGAUCCGCAGAUCGCCGGCGACGGGUUCACCUACGAGGCGGAGGCGAUGAAGGAGUGGCUCGGGAGCGGACACGACACGUCGCCGAUGACCAACCUCAAGCUUCCCACCGACGAGCUCAUGCCCAACCACGCACUCCGCGCCGCCAUACAAGAGUGGCGACACACGAGGCCUAGCACCUUCCAUCGGUACCAAUGAUAUAUGAGAAAUUCAGAUUGUUCCAACCAUGCAUGAUUAGCAUUUAGCAGGAAAGCUUCCCGGUGUGUAUUUUUGGAACCUGGUGUAGGCGCACCGAUUAACCAAACAACAAGUAAAGAAAAAGUAGAAAAAAAAUGUAAAACUCUGUAGGAACAAGCAUUGUCUAGUGUAUCACCCAUGUGUAAAGUUUCGUGACAAAAUGACAUCUUUGUAUUGUUGGCAAAAAGGGUAAAAUUGCAACUACAAACUGUAUGUAUGAAUAGUAAGCUUAAUAUAGUGUCGGUUUUGUUUUA